GAGUCGAUAUUCUAUUAACAAGCAAGCGAACAUUGUUCAAAACUGAUAUACUGUUUAUAUUUCAAAUAUUUAGUCAUUAUUCGGUUGACGAAUGAACGAUAUCUGUACGUCUUCCGCAGACUUUUACUUCACGAAAUUUCUAAAUUUGAGCUAAGUAUGCAGAAUUUUUGCAAAUACAACGAAAAAAGCAAACGUUGUGCUAACUGGUUCAGUAAGAUUUGCGCCGACUGUCGGUCCCAAUUCCAAAAAAACAGUGUUGGCAAACGUUUACAGAGUGAUAACGUGCAUUCGAAUGCUGAGCUAAUAAGUGCUGAUGAGUGCUACAAGUCUAUAAAACGCAGCGCCGAGAAUAUAACUAGGGAUGGCAUCCAUGUUGAAGAUAUGUGGUGGAAGGUGCCGUUUCUACUAUUGAUAUUCGGCUGCAUUCUAUUGUUAUCUAUAGGCUUCUGCCUGCUCUCUCAGAAGGCUGUGUGUAUAAUACAGGAGCGUGUGGAUCAAACAGAUAUUGAUAAAUGUGACAACAAAAAAUAUUAUGAAGCAGAGAAGAGAAGAUCCAAGCCGGAAUGCAUUCAACCUUCGGAUACUCAAAUCAGCAUUUCCAAAUCUUCCUGUUCCCUAAAGUAUCAAAAACCAAGCCGGAGGCAUUAUGAAUGCUCAAACUGAAAAGCUGUUUACCAUCAUUUUUUACUACCAUGAUGUUUUUCAUAUAAUUAUCAUGUUCAAGAACUCCAUUAGACAUGAAAUGGAUUUUUGAUGUUUCCAUUAAAGCAUUCCACGCAAUCACGCAAUCGAAUCCGCAAACACACAAAUCUUGUGCCGACUUAAAAAUACCUCUUGAACAAAUAAACACACUUUAUAGUGGUUUAAUAUAUAA